CGGUUCUUUCGCAGGACUGGGCCGAUGGCCAUGGAUCCGCCCAAGACGCCCAGUGUGGGCUUGGAUCGCGCCGCCGUGGAUCGCAAGCUCUCGGCGCCCAAGGGUGAGAUCGAGAAGGCCGCCAGCGCCAGGCGACAGUCGUUCAUGAAGGCGCCACACGAGAAGCCGGCGAUGCAAUACGAUGCCGAUGUGUUGCUGCGAGCUCUUUGCAAGCCCUGGGAAAUGGGUGGUCAUACACACGAUUUCCUGCUUUGCCAUCGCUCGGCAAGGAGUACCGAUCUAUACAAGCACUAUGAGACGGACAAAUACUUGAUCAAGGUAAGUUCUCGUCUGCGAUUUCUCGAGUCUAAAAAACUUCUUUUUUCUCCCCAGAAACAUGAAAAAAUGGUAGCCGAGAAGGUUGCCUGGAACAGGCAAAGGAAGCUACGAGAGGACAUGCUUCAUCUCUUGACAAGGCUACAUUCCAUCGAGAAGCAGCGACGUCGCUUUAUAGGUCUACGAAUCAUCCGUUGCCUCUGAGCCAACCCUGCCUGCCAUCACCACCGUGAAUGUGCUGCCUUGAGGGGUCGGGGUUAGAGUGUAGAGCCAUUUAGCAAAGCGACUUUGGCUAUGAGAGAAACGCAGAGAGAAACAUCCCGAGGAUUUUGAGGACAUACCCGACGACUUCAAGGAAGAGAAUGAGAACAUCAAAGUGGGAGCGAUCAAUCUCGCAAACACUUUCUUCGAGAAGAGAGCGUCCCAGCUUGCGUUGCUGCGGCCUUAUAAACCAGCCCCGGCUUAUCCAGAGCACCCUGUAGUACCGCCGCCGCCAGCAACCACGACAAGCCUCAUCGAGCCGCCAAAGUAUGUUUUGGAGCCUUUAGAUCCCAAAACAGUUGCGUUGAGGGAGGAGGUGGAAAAUCUCAACCUCUUCGACGAGAAGCUGCAAACUCUAUUACCUCCGGCACCAGGAAGCGCAAAGUCCUUUCCAAAGAAGAAGAAGAAGUAAAGGUCCUCGCCAACGGUUCACUUGUGCUUCGGUGCGUCUUUUACCUUUUCCAAAUCAAGUUUAUGGUUCUAAGCA